AGCCUCUCUUUUGCAACGACUAAAUUGCAGAUCAGAGACAUGUCGACAUGUCGCCCCAGUGGACGCACACUAAUAGAUGCGAGAUUGAAAGCCACUGGUGAUGUAAAGGAAAUGACUGCUGCGUAGGAAACCUGAUUUAAGCUUGUCAACCACAGAGCAUCGAGUGCUGUAUACUGCAGUGAAACAUCUGAAGCUUGCAAGCAUGGAUGUUAUCUUCAAGGAGGGACUGUUGUAUCUUCAAGGAGUAAAGUUUGGAAAAAGAACGUGGCGGAAAAUAUGGCUGAUGCUCAUCAAACCCAGUUCCACAGGGGUUGGCCGGUUGGAGCUCUACACUGUACUUGACAACAAUACCAUCAGGAGCCAGAAGAAGGCCGGUCGGCAGAAAGCUCCGGACAGAAAGGUCGUUCGCCUCAGUGACUGCUUCAGUGUCACCCUCGCUCCAGAGGAGUCCUGCCCCCAAGGGUGCACAGCCUUCUACUUAAACACCACACAGUGCACCUACACCCUGGCCUCUACAACAAGCCAGGACUGGCUGAGUGCCCUCUGUCUUAUCGCCUUCCAGAAGGAUCCUGAAGAAUCAGACAAAGGCUGUUUGGAGAGAGGAAGCGGCCUGACCAUGGAGAACAACGACCUUUACUCAUCUUGGAAAACUGAUCCGACACUACCUCCAAACCAGUACCAAGUGUCUGUCCAGAGCACAGAAGCAUCCAGGAGGUGCAAACUGGCUGGGAAGUAUCUGGUCUCCCCAGAAAAGGAAGCUGUGAUACUGCUGGCCUGCAAUACUGGCCACAUCGUCUACUGCUGGCCGUACAGACUCUUGCGCAAAUUCGGACAUGUUGAGGGGGGAUUCAGCAUUGAAGCCGGUCGUCGCUGUCAGUCAGGAAAAGGAGUGUUCAUCUUCCUGUCCACUUACGGCACUGAGAUCUUCCGGGCCAUAUCAGAGCAGUGCUCCGUGGAGAGGAGCACCUCUGUUCAGCCGCUCGGCAUCGAAGGAAGUUCACCAUGCGAACACGUGUCUCCCGUCAUCCUCCCAACUUCGGCCAACCAACCCGCCGGCGCUCCUGAGGACGACUACUCUACCAUCAGUGACGCCUCUGCGCUCAAUCUUAAGCAGCUGUCUUUUGGCGAACUUUACCUCUCUAGUAGCAAGGAGGCCGUGGGAGAUGAAGGUGAGCAUGAAGAUGAGCAGUGUCAUUCUCUGGAGUCUCUAAGCCUGGAUGGUGACGUGGGCAACUGUAUUUAUUACAACUUGAGGAAGUCCACUCCUCCUCUGACCAGAAGAGAUCAGCUUAAACCCGAGAUCGACCAGUCAGAGUGCACCUGUGCCAAUGUGAAAAACGCCGAAUCUCCCUCACACUCCCAGUUUCAGCCUGUCUCCUCACCAUUCCAUCAACGCGUUCCCCAGCUUUCCCCCUGCACCCUUCCCCGCUCUCCCCUCGACCCAAAGCCCAGGUACCAGCGCCAGCCGGGGUUCAGUACUCUGGCACAUGCUGUGGAUGGCAUGAAGGAGAUGGAGGAGGAGGAGGCCAUCAGCUCCUCCACCCAUGUCACCCCCACAGAGGCCCCCAGCAGUUUUAAACAGAAGCUGGCAGGAAUCCUUUCUAAGGAGCUGGCAAAGUUCCAGCCUCGUCUUCCCCCCAAGGUGGGCGACGGCCCCACAUUUUCUCAGUAGGCUACAAGUUAACAGACAGACGAGGAGGAGCAAUUUGAACCAUGAUGGAUUGUCACGAGGCAUAUGUAUCUUUAAGUUUCUUUAAAAUCUCCAUCCAUUGGGAUGGAGGCAACAUUUUUUUUUUUCCUCGCAGAUGUUCAUAUGUUUAUCUGUGGAGUCUGCCGUUUAAUUCUGUGGAUUGUUUUUGAAAUAACAGGAUUUAAUUAGUGUUGUUCUUCACUGCUGGAAUGUUAGAGACGCUCCGGGUCCAUCAGUAAGCUGAAAGAAUGCCUGGUUAUUGGACUGUUUAAUUAUGGAAACGGCUGUGUAAAAAAAAUUAUGUUACUCUCUUCCUCUAGAUUAUGGUUGUUCUUGUAUUUUCUCUUUCUCCAAGAGAAUGGGGGGGGGGGGGUGCUUAUUAAUCAAGAGUUUUGCAGCAAUGGGGACAGAAUAUUGCUUUGAAUAUUGCUUUUUGUAUACAUAAAUGCUUCAGUCUGUUUCACGCGGUAGAAAUAUUGAAAUGCAAUGUAGUCUGUAUACAACAAUGUUCCGCUGACUAAAAUAUAAGAAAAACAA